AUGAAGAGCACCGCCGUCUGUCUACUGGUCGCCCUGGCGACACUGGUGGCCGUCGCCCACUCGGCACCCGCCGAGGGUCAAAAGGCGCCACAAUCCGCCACCCAAUUGGCAUUGGACAUGUACCACGGCUGUCUCAAGGACCUCAGUGUUUCGUGCGUGAGACCCAAGGCCCUGCAGUGGUUCAACUCUGCUCUCCAGCAGCCGGAAGUGCGUCUCACCGAGCGCCUGUCCAUUGUCCGCACCUCGGAGAAGAUGAAGGAGUCACGAUCCAUGGAUCCCCAGGAACGUAUGUUUGAUGCCAUCGAUGGUUACCUGGGUAGUCAUGCCCUAAGGAUCCUGGCUCCGGAAUACUUCCGCACUUCGGAAGCUCGCUCUUUGGUGCCCGAUUUUUUGAUGGAGAACCCCCUGACCCAGGGUGGAGUGAUUCCACUGGCAGCUGCCAAUGAAGGACGCGGCAUGAUCCGCAAGGCUGUUCUUCCCUUCCUUUUGGGCCUGAAACUCAAGACCACUGUGCUGGUGCCACUUGCCUUGGGCCUGAUUGCCCUGAAGACCUGGAAGGCUAUGACUUUGGGUCUACUCUCACUGGUCCUUUCCGGAGCUCUGGUUAUCUUCAAGAUUGCCAAGCCCAAGAUUGUCAACUAUGAGGUGGUUCACUAUCCCCACCAUCAUGUGGAUCAUGUGGUUCCACAUCACAUUGAGCAUGUGGUUCCCCAUCAUAUCGAACAUGUGGUUCCCCAUCACAUCGAGCACAUUGUGCCGCAUCACAUUGACCAUCAUCUGGAGCACCACAUCGAUCAUCAUGUGGACCUGCCAGUGGAGCAUAUUGAGCAUCUGGAGCAUCCUUCGCCCGCCUGGGAUCCCCAUGCUUGGGCCCGAUCCUCGCAGGAGGGACAGGAUGCCCAGGACUUGGCCUAUGCGGGUCAGAAAUGA